GCCAUAGAGCUAUCUAGCUAGUAGCAGGCUAGCAGCAAUAUGGCUCACGUUGCUGGUGACAUUGCCGUUCUAGUGCUCUUUCUCUCGUUGUCGUGCCAAAUUAUUACGGUGGUGUCCGGCGGUGCCUCCGUGCUUGGCCGAAAGGCAGGGUCUCUGGCGACGAACGAGGCUGCAGGUAAUCCAGCAGGGAAGAAGGGCACGGCACAGUACGCGGUCAUUUUCGACGGCGGCAGCACGGGGAGCCGUGUGCACGUCUUCCAGUUCGACAAGCAGUUGGACCUCGUCAAGAUCGGCAAUGAAAUCCAGUUCUUCGCACAGGUAAAGCCUGGGCUUAGUGCGUAUGCUGGUGAACCCCAAGAGGCUGCCAAGUCCAUCGCUCCUCUGCUUGAGAAAGCUCAAAGUGUCGUCCCUACGUGGCUGCAACACAAAACUCCCCUUAAACUUGGUGCAACUGCUGGGCUACGACUAAUUGGAGAUGAGAAAUCGGAAGAAAUUCUUGAAGCGGUCCGUGAUCUUGUCAGAAGCAAGAGCAAAUUCCAAUACAACCCAAAUUGGAUCACUGUCCUCGAGGGAUCUCAGGAGGGAUCUUACCUAUGGGUCGCCCUGAACUACCUAUUGGGAAGGUUAGGUGGGGACUUUUCAGAUACGAUAGGUGUGGUUGACCUUGGAGGUGGAUCAGUGCAGAUGGCCUAUGCCAUCUCUGAUGAAGCGUCUGCAAACGCUCCUGUGGUGCCCCAGGGGCAGGACCCUUAUGUUACAAAGGAAUACCUCAAAGGAAAACAGUACAAUCUUUACGUGCACAGUUACUUGCACUAUGGACUUUUAGCCGCUCGUGCAGAGAUUCUGAAGGUGAACAAUGGACCAUUCAGUCCUUGCAUUCUGCGUGGGUUCAGUGGUACAUACACCUACAAUGGUGAGGAAUAUGAAGCAACAGCCCCACCAGAAGGCGCAUCCUAUCAUACGUGUAGAGACGAAGCAAUUGCAGCGCUAAACCUAGGCGCGCACUGCGAAACAAAGAAUUGCACCUUCAAUGGCGUGUGGAACGGAGGCGGUGGCGCCGGUCAGGCCGACCUCUACGUCGCGUCCUACUUCUACGACAGGGCCUCGCAAGUCGGGAUCAUCGACGGCGACGCGCCGAAUGGGAAGAGCACUCCGGCCGCAUUCGCAGAUGCUGCGCUCAAGGUCUGCUCCUUGAGCAUUGACGAUGCCAAAGCUGCGUACCCCAAUGCUUGGGACACGGAGUACCUCUGCAUGGACCUUGUCUACGAGUACACACUGCUUGUGGACGGCUUUGGUUUGGAGCCGAGCAAAGAGUUCACGCUGGUCACAAAGGUGAAGUACGGAGAAUACUACGUUGACGCAGCGUGGCCGCUAGGCGAUGCAAUAGAAACCUUGUCGUCCCAGAAGCUGAACCAAAUCGCAUGAUCAAUAAUGCUUAACACAGUGUCUGAUAAAAAUAAUGAUGUUUAAAGAAUGUGCUACAGUUGAUGUAAUGAAGAGACAAAUCACCUCUUUACUUGAUCAAAGCUCUUUCCAUCUAACAAAUGUUUAUGGACCAGCACAUUCUGAUAGCAAGCUUGCUUUUAUCACCUGGCUAA